CAGUGUUAACGGCUGGACUUCCUCACCCCAUACAGUAGAGUAUAUAUACCAGCGCUCUCCACUGCUGCUACAGCCUGCCUGGUUAAGUACAGCAGGAGAAGAAACUAUCUCAGCUUCUCAGAUCUGACUUACGCCAAGCCCACCGGCCUCCAUCAUGGUGUGUACAGGUGUGCUGACUGGACUCCUCCUGUUCUCCUCUGUGGUUUCAGCAAUUGAGGUCGAUCUGAACACUCUCCCUAAAAUCAUUCGAUUCUUUGAGACCAAAUAUAAACCAUCUGAAAAGACCGACAGCGGUGAAGGUGCCCAGUAUGUUGUGGCCAUCAACGUCCCAGCAGAACAGUGUGGGGCCAGUUUCAAUGAGAACAACUUCCUUAGCGGAGAGGACACAGAAAAAGUCAAGAAAGAUCUCAGUGACAGGAAGACGAGACUUUACAGGGGAGAACAGAUGGUCGCUGCCAGACCAAAGGGCUCCAUCCACUCAGAGCGAGCCUUGCUCAUCUGCGAUAGCAGCCAAGCUGUCACUCCUGUGGAAAACCUGCUGAACAGAGGGGAAGCCAAAAAUGGCUGUGUGGUGUUCUACACCUACAACUCUCCAUGUCUGGACCACUGCCUGAACCAAGGAAAGGUCAACACCAAGAAGUGCAUCCUGGACUCUCUCAGUAUACUGACCAGUCACCCCGGUCCCAAGGCCUUUGUGUUCAGUCAGGUCUAUAGGAUGGACAGAGACAAGGCCGAGCUGCUGGCCUCUGCCCUGAAGGUGGUUGCAGAGAGGGUCCCCCUCUACAAAUGUAACACCAACUCCUGCAUGAAGUGCCUGGAUAACAAUAACAACUUCAACAAUAAAUGCCUGUCCGAGGGAGACACAUUGUAAUCAUGUCCAAAUGGAUAUUCAUCUUUUUUCUUUACAUGAAUAUUAAUGAUUUCAGUUUUUGUAACUUGAUUUACUAACAUAUAUUAAUACUCUGACUACUAUUAAUUAUGCACUUGUGAUUUGAAACCAUUUAAUAAAUUUCACAGCAACAAUUA